AUGACACUUGACACCGUUGUGGCUCGCACGUACGCACGCGGCACGCCCGCCCCGCACCGCACAGGUGCAAGUUGUUUGGACUGUUCUUGCGAUCCCCUCUUUUUCCCGAUCCCAACUUUGAUGCGGCCGGUGGAAUCAUGGAGAAAAAAAAAGCUUCUUUCGUCUUCGGUGGGUGGUAUAAGUCCCUGGGCUCUGGGACUCACCCACCACCUUACCUCUUAA